UUGUCUGUUGUCAAAGACCAGUACUCAUCUCGACCUCCUCCUCCUGCUGCUGCAUUUCUUUUGGAAAAAGCAUUCUGCUAUCUCGACGGAAGCUGCAACUGCAAUGAAGCCCAUUCUCCUCUUCUUGCUGACCUUGCUGCUGCCACUCUCCAGCUUCUCCCUUUCCAUCCAAUCGCAAACCCCGUACACCUCGAUCUUCAGCUUCGGGGAUUCCUUCACCGACACCGGCAACUUCGCCAUCAUCGCCGGCCCGACGACGCCAGGCCUGCUCAUCACCAAACCGCCGUACGGGAUGACCUUCUUCGGCCACCCCACCGGCCGCAUCUCUGACGGGAGAUUAGCCAUCGAUUUCAUCGCUGAAGCGCUGGGGCUUCCGCUCCUGCUGCCGUCGAUGGCGGCGAACCAGAGCUUCAAGCAAGGCGCAAACUUCGCGGUGGCCGGAGCCACGGCACUGGACCGGACGUUCUUCGUGAACGACGGCGACACAGCUGUUACGGCGUACAACAUCUCCGUCGGCGACCAGCUCCGGUGGUUCGACGCCAUGAAGCCCACUCUCUGCGAUUCCACCCAAGCGUGCCGGGAGUACUUCGCGCAGGCUCUGUUCGUCGUCGGGGAGUUCGGGUGGAACGACUACGGCUUCAUGCUGCUCGCCGGCAAAAGCGUUGACGAAGCGCGGUCUCGCGUGCCCGAGGUCGUCGGAGCGAUUUGCGCUGCCACAGAGAAACUAAUCGACGGCGGCGGCAAGACGGUGGUGGUGUCGGGGCUGACGCCGAUGGGGUGCGCCACGGGGAACCUCGUGCUCUUCGCGGGCCAGAACGCCACCGCCGACUACGAGCCGGCCACGGGGUGCCUCAACGACCUGAACCUUCUCUCCAAGGAGCACAACCAGCAGCUCCGUCAGGCGCUGGCGCGGCUCAGGGCCAGGCGCUCCGGCGUGAGGGUCAGGAUCAUCUACGCCGACUUCUACGCGCCGAUCGAGGACUUCGCGACGUCUCCCGAUAGCUACGGGUUCAACGGCACCGACGGCGCCCUGAACGCUUGCUGCGGCGGCGGCGGCGGGCGGUACAACUUCAACCUCACAGCGGCGUGCGGCAUGCCCGGCGUGAGCGCGUGCUCGGACCCGUCGGCGUACGUGAACUGGGACGGCAUCCACCUCACCGAGGCGGCGAACCGCCGCGUCGCCGAUGGCUGGCUCAGGGGGCCCUACGCUCACCCGCCCAUCCUCGACACCCACUGCUAGCACUUGUGGACUCUGUUUUUUUUUUCCUCUUUUGAAAUGUACCAGUGCGUUCUCUGACAAAAAUGAGAUCUGAUUUCUGUUAGUGGUGAUCUGCAAACCUGUCACUGAGCAACAGCAAUGUAUAUUGCUCAACCAGUCCAUAGGACUGGGUCCCACAGCAGGUGGCUGUUGUUAUGUUACAUGCCACAUUAUAUACUGAUGAACCGGUCAAUAGUGGUGGGUCCCAGGUGAGAUAUAAUAAAUUUCGUUCCUCAA